UAUCUCCCUUCUCUCCUCCUAGUGCUUCAAGCAAGUGUGAAGGCCUGAACUGGAGAGUCUGGCCCAUGAUGAGGCAGCAUCCCAGCAUGCCCUGCAGCGAGUCACAAGCCCUCUACUGGAGUACCGAGAGAGAGGAGAGUCUGCUGGACGCCCCACAAUGGAGCCCUGCCCGCCCCGCAGGCACAUGCCGGCAUCGGACGUAUUGACCAGCGUCGACCCCCCAAUGUCUCCAGAUUCAAGUGGGGAGCUGUCUCCGUUUGACCUUUCAGGGGACAUUGGGGACCUUUGCUCUGGCGACCCAUUAGAUGAUGGACUGGAGGGGAACCAACAAGAUGGCUCAGCAGGUCAGAAAUGGGAUAAUCACACGGAGAUUGCAGAGCAGGCAAAACAUGAAGCAGAGAUCGAGAAUAGAAUAGCAGAGCUACGUAAGGAGGGCUUCUGGACCCCACGGCGCCUAUCAAAAUUUCCAGAACCUACUCGUCCAAAAGUGCUUUGGGACUAUUUGUGUGAGGAGAUGCAAUGGCUAGCUGCGGACUUUGCUCAAGAGCGGCGCUGGAAGAGAGGCGUGGCCAGGAAGGUUGUGAGGAUGGUGUGCCGACACCACGAGGAGCUAAAACAGAAGGAGGAGAGAGCCCGGAGAGAAGAGCAGGCCAAGCUGAGGCGCAUCGCCACCUCCAUUGCUAAAGAAGUGCGGCAGUUCUGGAGUAACGUGGAGAAGGUGGUGCAGUUUAAGCAGCAGUCCCGUCUGGAGGAGAAGAGGAAGAAGGCUCUGGACCUGCAGCUGGACUUCAUUGUUGGCCAGACUGAGAAGUACUCCGACCUUCUGAGCCAGAGUCUAAGUGAAGCUAAUCCUGUCAGUAAGACGGGCUCCUCCUGUGUGGGGUCAUCUCAGGGGGGCUCGCUCAGGACCAGUCCUGCCCCGUCCAUUUGCCAGAAAGUGCUAGAAGGAGAUGGGGAGUUUCUCCCUCAUGAGGCUGAAGGUGAGGAGGAGGAUGAUGAGGAGACCAUAGAGAUAGAGGAGCAGCAGGAGGGGAAUGAUGCUGAGGCUCAUCGUCUGGAGCUGGAACUUCUAAAACGAGAGAGUGAGCUACCCCUGGAUGAGCUGCUGCAGAACCUCCCCCCCGAGAUCCUGCAGGAUGACUCUCCCAUGCAGGAUACGGUUUCUAGUGAUGAGGACACUGAGGAGGAGGAAGAGGAGGCAGAAGAGAAGGUGGAGGAGGAAGAUGAUGAGUUCACAGCCAAUGAGGACGAAGCUGAGGAUGAGGAGGACACCAUCGCUGCAGAGGAGGAGAUGGCAGGACAGCAGGAUCAUGCUGCGGAGCUCUCCCAGCUGGCCAGAGAAGGGGAGAUGUCCUUAGAUGAGCUUCUGCUGAAAUACUCUGUGCUGCCAUCAGAGCAAGAGAGCGCUAGUGUGAGCGAGCCGGACAGUGUGGAAAAUGCGGAGGACUACGAGUCUUCAGGUUGUGACUCCUCGGACUGUGAAUCUGAAGGAGUGGAAUUUCUGAUCAAACUAGAUGAGGCUGACCCCGGCAUUGACCACCCGCAGUGCCACCCCCCUGAGCCCAAGGAGGAGAUCACCGACAUUGCUGCCACCGCCGAAUCUCUGCAGCCCAAGGGGUACACACUGGCCACCACUCAGGUGAAGACCUCGGUCCCGUUUCUUCUGCGGGGGGAACUGCGGGAAUACCAGCACAUAGGCCUGGAGUGGAUGGUGACCAUGUAUGAGAAGAAGCUGAAUGGGAUUCUGGCCGAUGAGAUGGGGCUCGGGAAAACCAUUCAAACCAUCUCCCUCCUGGCCCAUCUGGCCUGUGAACGUGGGAAUUGGGGUCCUCAUCUGAUCAUUGUGCCCACCAGCGUCAUCCUCAACUGGGAAAUGGAACUGAAGCGAUGGUGUCCUAGUUUUAAAAUACUCACGUAUUAUGGUUCCCAGAAGGAGCGUAAACUUAAGAGACAGGGAUGGACGAAGGCGAACGCUUUCCAUGUGUGCAUCACGUCGUACAAGCUUGUCCUGCAGGACCACCAGGCCUUCCGCAGGAAGAACUGGAAGUAUCUGAUCCUGGAUGAGGCUCAAAACAUCAAGAACUUUAAGUCUCAGCGCUGGCAGAGUCUCCUGAACUUCAACAGUCAGAGGCGGCUGCUGCUCACCGGGACCCCCCUGCAGAACUCCCUGAUGGAGCUGUGGUCGCUCAUGCAUUUCCUGAUGCCUCAUGUCUUCCAGUCUCACCGAGAGUUUAAGGAAUGGUUCUCCAAUCCAUUGACCGGCAUGAUUGAGGGGAGCCAGGAGUACAACGAGGGUCUAGUGCGCAGACUGCACAAGGUAUUACGGCCAUUCCUCCUCCGCAGGAUAAAGGUGGAUGUGGAGAAGCAGAUGCCCAAAAAAUACGAGCACGUCAUCUACUGUCGCUUGUCCAAGCGCCAGCGAUUCCUGUACGACGACUUCAUGUCCCAAGCAGCGACACGGGAGACUCUGGCCAGCGGACAUUUUAUGAGUGUGAUAAACAUCCUCAUGCAGCUCCGCAAGGUGUGUAACCAUCCCAACCUGUUUGACCCUCGUCCGAUCCAUUCGCCCUUCAUUACCAGCGGCAUCUGCUACACCGUUCCUUCCUUGGUUCUUCGUGCUCUGCAGUGCCACCCACUCGAGCACAUAGACAUGGCAUUGUUUGACCUCGUCAACAUGGAGGGACAAGUCAGUCGCUAUGAGCUGGACGAUUUCCUGCCCCAGUACAAGCAGUCGCGCUCCCUGAUCCAGGAGAUUGCUGAUUCCCCGGAGCCUCCUCCUAGACCGCGGCCUCUUAAGAUGAAGGUGAACAGGAUGCUGCAGCCUGUGAAGUCGGAUCCGCGCUCUGUAGUUGUGAACAAUUCUCGUCCGGUUCUUCACAAGCCUCAGGAUGUUCUUCCCGCCCCGGCCGCCCCCUUCCCAUUGACUCCUAGUAACUGUCCUGCACCCGCUCCACCCGUGCCCACCCCGAUUGCUCCAGGUCCUGUCCAGUCAUGUCCACCAGUGACCUCUGUGACUCCAGUGUCCAAUGGGGCAGGCAAGCCUGUUCCAGCCCAGACCCCUCAGCCUGUGUGCAGCGCCCCCCAGAGGCUGAUACUGACCCCAGACAUGCAGGCGAGGCUCCCUUCCGGAGAAGUGAUCAGCCUGGGGCAGUUGGCAUCUCUUAGUGGACGUCCCCUACAGAACCAGUCUGUCACAAAACCCCUCACUCUGCAGCUGCAGGGCACUAAGCUGACCCUUAGCGGUGCCCCGGUGCGUCCUCUGGGGGUGGCUCAGCCCCGGCCGGUGCAGGGUAAUGUGCUUCACCUGGUGUCUUCUGGAGGACAGCAUCAUCUGCUCAGCCAACCGGCUCAGCUCGCUCUCAUCCAAGCAUUGACCCAACAGGCAGCGUCCAGCGCUCCACCCGUGCCUCAACUGCUCCAGAAUAACACUCAAGGGCAGAUCGGGGUCCAGGCCAUGUCCAUGCAGUCACUCCAGCACACUCUGCUGAACAGCUCCAACCUCCCAGCAGCCUCUCCUGGCCAGGCACCAUCCGCUGGUGUGGUGAAGAUCGUGGUAAGACAGUCCACCAGAGAGAUCCCAGCAUCUUCUCAGCGCCACCCUUUGGCCCCUGCUGUGCGCCCUCUUCUCAGAGUUGUUCAGGGUCCUUCUGCAGAGCAGUCCGCUGUCAGAGAAGGGGCUGCAGAGCAGCGAGUGGCUCCGGUUGUGUCCACCUCCACCCUGACUCUGACUAACAGCUCUCUGCUGAUGAUGUCCAACCCAACGCUGACUGCACGGCUGCCUUCCCCCAACUCUGCUCAGCCUGGUGUAGAGGAGUCUCCGGGCCCCCCUGUGUCCGGUGUGGCCUUACGGCUUCUCACCACCUCGGCAGCCAUGCAGCUCACCAACCACCACUCUCCUCCUCCUAGAUUUACACAGAGUCCUGCUCUUCCCAACUGCGCUUCUGUCCCCGCACAUUUGUCAUUCCCGGACCCUUCCCCCAUAAAGUCAGUGCUAAAUCCAGAUGGUGUCGGCAGCGGUGCCUUGGACGCACCGUCUGUCCAGAAUGGGAAUGAUACCGCCAUCCAGGUGUCUCCGGCUUUCACAGCCCCCACCGCAGCUGCAGACAGUCCCCUGUAUGUUAACCUUAUCCCAAACCCACCAUCUCCCACUUCCAAUAUCCCCAAAAUGGCCCCUGCCACCCCCACAUACAACCUGAGUUUAGUGCCUACCCUCCUAGCUAAUUCUGCUCCCAGCACAGUGUCCAGCUCUUAUCCUAUCCCACGUUUUCUGACCAGUCCGGUGUCUCUGCUGACUCUGUCCCCUCUUUCCUCAAGUAACAGUGGUCCCAGCCAGGUCCUGUACACACAUCCCAAUGCCAGCGCCUUCCCAGCAGCCUCGGUGUCUGCCUCAUUGUCUGCCUCAUUACCAUUACUGGCAGCACCGGUGUCAUUUACAGCUCCUCUACCCGUGUCCACCACCUCCCAAACUUCAUUGUCUUCUCCUCUGUCUGUUGUGGAGACUCCAUCCCAGCAACCCCGACCGCUUGUGUCACCGGUGUCCGGGCAUUGUAGUCUGUCCACCGCCUCCCCCCUCCCUCUAAUAUCUGCCCCGACUGCUGCCUCAUCACUUGCCCCCCUGCCUGUGCGGUCUGCCCCAUCAUCUGCCCCCCUCUCUAUGCUGUCUGCCCCAUCAUCUGCCCCCCUCCCUGUGCGGUCUGCCCCAUCAUCUGCCCCCCUCCCUGUGCGGUCUGCCCUAUCGCCUGCCCCCCUCCCUGUGCGGUCUGCCCCAUCGCCUGCCCCCCUCCCUGUGCUGUCUGCCCCAUCGCCUGCCCCCCUCCCUGUGCUGUCUGCCCCAUCGCCUGCCCCCCUCCCUGUGCUGUCUGCCCCAUCGCCUGCCCCCCUCCCUGUGCUGUCUGCCCCAUCGCCUGCCCCCCUCCCUGUGCUGUCUGCCCCAUCGCCCGCCCCCCUCCCUGUGCUGUCUGCCCCAUCGCCCGCCCCCCUCCCUGUGCUGUCUGCCCCAUCGCCCGCCCCCCUCCCUGUGCUGUCUGCCCCAUCGCCCGCCCCCCUCCCUGUGCUGUCUGCCCCCCUCCCUGUGCUGUCUGCCCCAUCGCCCGCCCCCCUCCCUGUGUUGUCUGCCCCAUCGCCCGCCCCCCUCCCUGUGCUGUCUGCCCCCCUCCCUGUGCUGUCUGCCCCAUCGCCCGCCCCCCUCCCUGUGCUGUCUGCCCCAUCGCCCGCCCCCCUCCCUGUGCUGUCUGCCCCAUCGCCCGCCCCCCUCUCUGUGCUGUCUGCCCCAUCAUCUGCCCCCCUCUCUGUCCUGUCUGCCCCCACUCCUGGUACCCUUUUGGCAGCCACAGCUUCUAUACUGGAGGGUCCCGGUAGCCAGCCCCUCAUCCUGUCCUCAGAUUCCGCCUCUGUACCUCUUCUAGAAGCCUCUGCGUCUGAUUCAUUGCCGUCUCUGGUCCUUAAUACAGCUCUUAAGUUGCCCUCUGUCGUCUCCUCUCCCGUGCCUCUGUUGUCUACCCCUGGCACAGGUCCUCUCUUGGCAUCUGCCAAGGUGCCCAUCCCUAUAGUUAGCGCUGCGUCCGCCUCACGCAUGCUCUCAGUUUCUCAAGCAUCGUCUCUUCCUUUGUUGGCCUCUGCUGGCUCCCCCUGUGACCCGGUCUCCUCACAUUCCAUACUGAUCCCUGCCCCUAUAGCGUUGGCAUCGUUGAGGCAUUCUGCCCCUGUCACCUCACUCACGUUCACCACCUCUGGUUCUCUCAGUUCAGUAGCAUCAUCCACCUCUAUUCCUGCUGUGGUGACGAAGAUAAGCUCCGUGCCCUCUGUACCAGCUGAUACCCAGGUGGGCUUGGUUCCUCCUCUGGAGGCCACUGAUGUAAUGCCUGGCUUAACCCAGUCUCAUCUACCUUGUUUAUCUCUCAGGAUUCCCGCUCCACAACCCUCCUUGCCGGUGUCCACACAGUCCCCAUCAUUGCCAGCAUCUGCUCCAGCCCCCAUGCCCCCCAUGCCAGCUUCCACUCCCAUUCCUUUGCCCCUGUUGCCAGCCUCCACCCCCUCUCCUGUGUCCUCCUUGCCGCCAUCUUCCUUUGAUCCGUCCUCUCUGUUACUGGUUCCAACCUCUGACCUGUCGUCAUCCAUUCCUCCCUGCACUCCUCCGGCUGCCCCCCCAUCCCUGCUGCCCCCUCCUUCGGCCCCCCAUCCCCUGGUCAUCUCCAUUUCUGCCCCCCUGACAUUGUCAGCUUCGUCCCCUUCUUUAGGAGUUUCUGCUCAUUCUCACAUUCCUCUGGUCACUGCCCCAGUGCUGCCCCCCCAGUCCUCAGCUGCUGGCCUGCUUCCCAGUAGUUCACCUAAGGCUUUUCCAUUGGUGCCCCACCCCUCAGCAGAUGCUAGUGUGUCCCCCUCCCCCACAUCGGUCACUACAGACACCAAGCCCCCCACACUUCCCAGUCCUGUCAAUAGCCUCCCCCCAGCCUGUGCACAAGAGCCAUCUUUGUCCCUGUCGGUGGCUGACCCCCCAACAGUUACCCUGGGCUCCAUCGCAGAGUCUGACAGCAUAAGAGAAGGAGACGAGUCCCGACCACCGCACAAUGCUGCAUCCACGUGUGUAAGGCCACGCCGGCAGCUUCCGCCUCUUCCCCGCUCUCCUUUCUACUUGGAGCCGCUAGAGGAACGACGUAGGAAACAGAAGCUGGAGCGGCUGGAUCGGAUCUAUCAUCUGAAUGAGAGGAGAAGCAGCCUGGCCCCCAUCUAUGGCACCGAGGUGCUGCGGUUCUGCACCCUGCAGCCUGCUAUCCAGCAGAGCCACGCUUUACGUACUUGCAUGUUUACUGCAGCCGAGCGCUUGGAGCAGCUGGCUCCCGUCAUUGAGAGGUUUAUAUUUGCUAUGCCUCCUGUGGAGGCCCCACAGAUAACCCUUCACACCUCUCACCCUCCACCCUCCUUGGUCCUGGAAGAAUCGGUCUUCAAAGAUAAGCUAUCCCAGGAGCUGACCCCGCACACCCGCUGCCUCCAUCGCAUCAUCUCCAACAUGAGGACCCAGUUCCCUGAUCUUCGCCUUAUACAGUAUGACUGUGGAAAACUCCAGACCCUGGACCGUCUGCUGCGUCAGCUGAAAUCUGGCGGCCAUCGCGUUCUCCUUUUCACUCAGAUGACACGAAUGUUAGAUAUCUUGGAGCAGUUCCUGAAUUAUCACGGACACAUCUAUCUGCGCCUUGACGGAUCUACCCGUGUGGAGCAGAGACAGGUCCUGAUGGAACGGUUUAACAUGGACAAGCGCAUCUUCUGCUUCAUUCUGUCUACACGCAGUGGAGGAGUGGGGGUGAACCUGACCGGGGCUGACACGGUUAUCUUCUAUGACAGUGACUGGAAUCCCACAAUGGAUGCGCAGGCUCAGGACCGCUGCCACCGCAUUGGGCAGACGCGAGACGUGCACAUAUACAGACUUGUCAGUGAGAGAACAGUGGAAGAAAACAUUCUGAAGAAAGCCCAGCAGAAGCGGAUGUUGGGAGACAUGGCCAUCGAGGGCGGGAACUUCACUACAGCGUACUUCAAACAGCAAACGAUCAGGGAGUUGUUUGACAUGGAGGAUGCACCUCGCAAAGAAGCUGAAGUCCGCAAUGUAUCUCCAGACCCCAGUACUGAAGACGUGGGGGCAUCUCGCCAAGCCCACAUACUGGAGCAGGCGCUGUGUGGUGCGGAGGAUGAGGAGGACACCCUGGCUGCCUCUUUGGUUCGAGCAGAGCAGGUGGCAGACCUGGCAGAAUUUAAUGAAAAUGUUCCUUUGGAUCCAGAAGAAGAGGAGCAAAGCCGUGCAGAGCAGGAGAUUUCUGCUUUGGUGGAACAGCUGACGCCCAUCGAGAGGUAUGCCAUGUACUUUCUAGAAGCGUCAUUAGAAGAAGUCAGUAAGGAGGAGCUGAAGCAGGCAGAGGAGCAGGUAGAAGCUGCCCGUAAAGACCUUUUCCUUGCCAAGGAUGAUGUAGGACUGAUGACUGAAGAUAAAUGGGAUGAAGAAUCCAGGAGAAGCCGUAAAGUGAAAACUCCAGUGCCCAGCAGACCCUCGGAACGUGUUGGUGUCCGCAUGAGUGAAAGGCUGAGAGGAAGCAAACUGGCUGAAAAUUUGGACCACACAGAGAACCUAACCAUUCCAGACACCGCACCCCCAUCCCAGGAAGAGCAGGAUGUAAGUUUAUCCUCCACCACCAGCAAUCCGACCACUCCAAAACCAGAUGCUGCCAGUCCAAGCACAGACACCAUGGCCAGCCAGGCUCCUACAGUGGACCCACUCUCCACUACAUUGCCUCCUAGUGGCCCAUCUGAGGACGACAGUGUUCAUGAAGUCGAACUUAAGACAGAAGAUGCAGAGGUCACUGCAUCCCGAAAUGUUGCUGAAUCAGAGUCUGUUCCAGGCAGUCCUGUUGGUACUUUUUCAGGCAGCCCAGAGGAUGCGGUACCAGGCAGCCCAGAGGAUGCGGUACCAGGCAGCCCCGUAAGCGCUGUGCCAGGCAGCCCCGUAAGCGCUGUGCCAGGCAGCCCCGUAAGCGCUGUGCCAGGCAGCCCCGUAAGCGCUGUGCCAGGCAGCCCCGUAAGCGCUGUGCCAGGCAGCCCCGUAAGCGCUGUGCCAGGCAGCCCCGUAAGCGCUGUGCCAGGCAGCCCCGUAAGCGCUGUGCCAGGCAGCCCCGUAAGCGCUGUGCCAGGCAGCCCCGUAAGCGCUGUGCCAGGCAGCCCCGUAAGCGCUGUGCCAGGCAGCCCCGUAAGCGCUGUGCCAGGCAGCCCCGUAAGCGCUGUGCCAGGCAGCCCCAUGGAUGUAGUCCCUGGCAGCCCGGUGAGCGCUGUGCCAGAAGAACCUACACCACCCCGCACACCUCACAGCAGCCCGGUGAGCGCUGUGCCAGAAGAACCUACACCACCCCGCACACCUCACAGCAGCCCGGUGAGCGCUGUGCCAGAAGAACCUACACCACCCCGCACACCUCACAGCAGCCCGGUGAGCGCUGUGCCAGAAGAACCUACACCACCCCGCACACCUCGCAGAAAAGUCUUUGCAGAUUCGGAGAUUACACUUGCUGGGGCUACAGAGGCCUCACCCACUGCAAAGGUGCUGAGACGGCUGCCAGGGCGACUUGUUACUGUGGUACAAGACCGGCUUCCCACUCCCCGCCGUCACUACAGAGGAAGGGGCCAACAUACUGUCACCGAGAAUGACUGUCAGAGUCCCGAUAGGCCUGGCCCUCCGAGCCCUCCCCAUGAAUACUUAUCAGAAGAGACUUCAGAAACAGGGAGCCCCCCACCAAAGCGAAAGAGAGGAAGGCCCCCCAAAACAAGAGCAGACAUCUCACCAACCAGUGUCCCUAUAGAUGUGCCCCCUGUGGAUGCCUCUCUCCACAUCUCUCAUGACCCAGGCGCUGUAGCUCAAGGAGCCCCAAUGGACUUGGCUCCUCCUGCUGUGGUAGUUCAGACACCUGCUAGUCCACCUUGUUCCUUCAAAAUUAACUCUGACAGUGAAAGUGGAUCCCCUAUUGAGAAAAGAAAGAGAGGACGACCUCCUAAAAGGCGUGAAGUGUCUCCCAUUGUUGCCACCCCUAUGUCACCCAAAACACUUGAAGCACCUCUCAGUGUUGCUUCACAAGCCUCCACUAAAGUCUGUGAAGAGCCCUCAUUUGCUUCACCAUCGUCCAACAAGAAAUGUCAAGAGCCUAUAGAUGUUGCAUUACCUUUGUCUCACAGAGACCGUACACCUGAGACUCCUGUGCAGGAAAGAAAAGUGGCAAAAGUCUUUGGUGCAUACAGUGAAUCGUCUUUACCGCAGCCUGGCCCCUCUGCUGACUCCAUCAUUCCCAGUGUAUCUUCCAACAUUCCGGUGGUGUCCGCCGAAGCUACAAGCAGCAGCGGUGUAGAGGAGCCCAUGUCCCCACCAAAGCGUAAACGUGGCCGCCCACCCAAGCCUCGUCCUGUGCCCAAAGUAGACUCCAGUCCCACGUUGCAGAAUGACAGGAUAGACAGUUCUCCAGAACGAUCCCCCAGUCCCCAAAUCACACGGACUUCUCUACAAAGGAAAUGCAAACCACUUAAGGCUGAGCCCCAUGACACCAGGGAGCAGAGCUCCUCCCUAGCUGACACUGAUGACUCCUCAGAUGAGGAGGUGACUGUAAGGACCCCUCUUACCCGUAGUGCCAGGACUAGACUACAGACCACAAGUCCCACACCUCCGGCAAUCUUACCCAGCUCUACUUUAUCUUCCAAAAAAUCCCGUGGACGUUCUCCCCGUGCUGCCCCUGUCCAACAAAACCUUCCCACAAAAAAACGAAAGCCACCUAGUGUGAGUUCUCCCAGCCCAUCGUCAUCAUCCCCACACGGCAGCUCCAGCGAAGGCCGGAAGCGCCCUUGUCCCCCCACAGAGCGCAUUCUGCGCAGCUCCCUUACUGCCAACCCUGCCAGCAACACUCGCUCAUCACGCUCCCCUCUCCUCAAUUCUCCCAAUAGCCACAGAGGCAGGAAGGCCAAAACGUGAGUUGCUGGGCGUGGAUGUGGCCAUUGUGUUUUCUUUGGCGAGAAGCCUCCUUGACAAAUAACUUGGAGAAUAAGAAAGAGGGCCCCAGGUUGACCCCCAUUUUGUUUUGGGACUUGCUGAGUGUUGGCUGUGUAUCUGCAGCCCCGGUUAUGAGGAUCACAAUCUAUGCAAGAGGAUGGGACAGACGGGACUUUGGGCACUACUACGUUCUCACUGGUGGUGUGGAUUGUCAGGCCCUGUAGUAUUAGGUGUCCCUGAGGGCUGGGCAUGUCAUGGGCACUCACAGCCUCUGGACUUGUUUCUACAGAAGUUCCUGUAUUUCUUUCAUGAAAAUAAAGUGUUGAGUAAAGUGCGUUGUGUGUUCUGAGGCCCGUCUGUCAAGUGAGCACUGGCCGGAUCGGAACGCAGGUCCGGAUCCUGCUAAAGGGAAUCUGUCAGGACCUGUAUGAUUUUACCUUGUUUUAGCAGUCUGGUUUGAUUCCUAGAACUUGCGAUGCACAUGAAAUUCUAUAUUUUUGUCUCUUGUAUCGUUGGAAUAAAGUUGAUAGUGUCGCCUACCUCUCCCUCAUCUCCUUGCUGCCUUCU